GUCGCCAGGGGCCGGAGCGCGGCGUCGGCGAGGCCGGGAGGCGCCGGGCCGUGCGGAGCGGCGGGCGCGCGUUCGCCCGGCAGCGGCACCAUGAGCCUGGCCCUCAGGUCGGUACGAGCCGGGCGCCGUCCCGCUUGCCCAGAGCGCGGCCGGCGGUCCCUCGGGAGGUGCUGGCGCAACGCGGGGCGCGUCAGGCCGUGGCGGGGCCUGGGUCAGCGUCGGCCUCCGCGGUCGCGUCUGAUCCCUUCGGCGCGGCCGGGGGCGGAUCAGGCCCGGCUGGCUGCCGGGAGACAGGAGAGUCCGGCGCGUCUGGCCUUGUGAGGAAUGAGCUCUCAGCAGAUAAAACUAAAAAGAAGAAAAGACGAGAACUGACUGAGGAACAGAAGCAAGAAAUUAAAGAUGCCUUUGAAUUGUUUGAUACAGACAAGGAUAGAGCAAUAAAUUAUCAUGAAUUAAAGGUGGCAAUGAGAGCCUUGGGUUUUGAUGUGAAAAAAGCUGAUGUCCUGAAAAUACUUAAAGAUUAUGAUCGAGAAUCAACAGGCAAGAUUACCUUUGAAGAUUUUAAUGAAGUUGUAACAGAUUGGAUAUUGGACAGAGACCCACAAGAAGAAAUACUCAAGGCAUUCAAAUUAUUUGACGAUGACGACUCUGGUAAAAUAAGUCUGAGAAACCUGCGCCGUGUUGCUAGAGAAUUGGGUGAAAAUAUGUCUGAUGAAGAACUGCGGGCUAUGAUUGAAGAAUUUGAUAAGGAUGGAGAUGGAGAAAUCAAUCAAGAAGAAUUUAUUGCUAUUAUGACUGGAGAUAUUUAGCAUUAGAAGAAAAGAAAUUAACUCACCAGAAAAGGGAGGAGCUGUUGGCAGCUUCCAUUACAAUGUUUUGUACUUUCAUUUAUUUCAGUAGCUGGAGUGGUACAGAAAGUUACUUGUGACAGGACCAAAAUAAAAAUGGGUUACAUGCACUGAUAAUUCAGUACUUUGCAUCAUUAAAUAAUAUCACUAGAAUAAUUGAUGUAAUAUUUUAGAAGUAAGGAAUGCUGCAUUUCGGAAUGUUGGAGUAACUUUGUAAAAUAGCAUUGUCUCAUAUUUCUAAAUUGUACCAUAUUAUAAGAGCCUUUUGAGAUUCUAGACUUUGUGUUAGCAUUAGUUGUGCCCUUAGUUUUGAUACAUAAGUUUUGAAAAAAUUCCAUUUUAAUAAAAUGUUCUUUACUACUA